GGGUGCGUUGAAACAGGUGCUGAAAGAGUAGCUUACUCAUUCAUACUUUGCCGCCUCAGUCUUCGUGAACGAAAUGGCCACGAAAUCUGGUGACAAGAUAAGUAAAAUGUCCUUAGCAAUUUCUGGGAUUACGUUGGCCCUCGUGUUAUUUUUGUUUGUGAGAUUCGAAUUCGAGUACAACAAUUCGAAAGCGCUCGAUAAAAGUAUUCAGCAGAUUGAAGUUGACCUUAAAGCAAACAUAGAAAGAAUUGUGGAGGAGAAGUUACAGAUUCAUGAGACUGCUCCUACAACCAGUAGUAAGAAAAGGCCUGAUGUUACCCUUGGUUCUGAAAGCAAAGAAAAAAGUGUGGUUUCAGUAAAGUAUGAUCAUCAAAGAGAGAGAAGAGCUCCUAUUGCUGGGUCACUAACUAAGCAGGACGUCCUCACAGAAAUCAAUAAAAAUUUCAAAAAGUUCUGCGGUGUUAACAGAGCUAGUUGUCAGACUGGACCACCAGGUCCCCCUGGAAUACCCGGCACACCAGGUCCAUUGGGUCCUAUCGGGCCUUCGGGUAAGAGUGGUGAUCAAGGAGCCGGAGGUCCUAAGGGAGUAAAAGGCGACAAAGGCAAUACAGGGUCCCCUGGACAACGUGGAGUUAAGGGAGACGUUGGUUCCAUGGGUUCUCCUGGCAUCAAAGGAUCCGUCGGCUCGAAUGGGAACAAAGGCCAUAGGGGAUUAAGAGGCAUGAAUGGGCCAAAAGGGGAAUGCGUCACUCAACCGAACAUUACCGUUUAUCCACUUUCCCAAGCAGUCUUCCUCAACGAGAAAGUGAUAUUGUACUGCUGGGUUGAAGGUCGGACGCAAUUGAAGAUAACGUGGCAGAAGCUUGGUGGUUCUUUGCCUAAUGGUGUUCAAACAGACAAACACAUGCUUUUAAUAAAAAAUGUACAAAAGUCACAUGUUGGGGAUUACAUGUGUACAGCUCUCUCUGGAGCGCUUAAAGCAAUUAGCAGUUUGGAAAUAAAAGAACCACCUAAAUUUACCAAAAGGCCGCCAAAGCUGGUUAUUCGCAAUCGAGGAACAAAUGUAAGCUUGUGCUGCAAGGUCAGAGGAAACCCUCGUCCAAAAGUUGAAUGGUACCGGCCUGAUAACCCGUCUGUCAUGAUCCCCCACUCCCUGGAAUUUGGAUGCCUUCAAAUUAAUAUGGAUAGAGAGAGCGCUCAAGGAACGGACUACAUUUGUCGGGCUACAAACAGCUUUGGAAUGGUGCAAGGAAUAGCCUCAGUGGUCGCAAGAUCGCUUGUUGCGGGACAAUCCUACAUAAUUGGAAGCAAUGAAACUCACAUCGCAGCCCUAAACCAAUGGUUGCACCCUGUUGUAAAGAGUAGAACCUCUUCCUGGGCUUCGUGUUGGAUAGCGACAAAACAUGGUUGGAAGGGCUCUACAUUUCACAAUUUGUGUGACAACAAAGGGCCGACUUUGGUAAUUGUCCGUGUUGGAGAUUACAUCUUUGGUGGAUACGCUGGUGUAUCAUGGAGAAGACAUCCUAAAAUAAAUUAUUGUGGACGAGUGUACAGUCCAACCUCCUUCAUGUUUUCAUUGGUAAAUAAGCCUGGCUGGGGGCCGACGAAACUGCCUCAACUCGGAUAUGACAGUCCUAUUGGAUUUUCCAUGAUGUCUUGUCAUAAUGAUGGACCAAUAUUUGGUACAGGAAGCGAUCUUACAAUUUUAGACGACGCCAACAAGAGUAAAACAUCCUAUGCACACAUCGGAAUGUCCUACAGCGCACCUAAAGGUCAAAGUCCUGAUUCCGACUUCACUAACACAUUCAUGGCAGGAAGUGAAUAUUUCCAACCUGAUGAGGUUGAAGUCUUGUAUGAAAGAUUUAACCUUAACUUGUACUAUUGUGCCGGCUCAGUGCUCUCAAACGAAAUGGCUGCGAACAAAAACAACCACACGAAAUCUGGAGACAGGAUGAAUAGAAUGUCCCUGGCGAUCUCUGUAAUUUCGUUGGCCCUCGUGUCAUUGAUGUUUGUGAGAUUCGAAUUUGUAAACAAACAUUCGAGAGCACUUAAAAACCGUAUUCAGCGGAUUGACGUUAACCUUAAAGAAAACGUAGAGAGAGUUGUAGAAAAAAAGUUACAGUUUCAUGAAACUGCACCAACAACGAGAAUUAAGGAGAGGCCUGAUGUUAACCUUGGUUUUGAAAGCAAAGAAGGAAGUAAGCUUUUAACAAAGCAUGAUCACCAAAGAGAGAGAAGAGCUUCUGCUGCUGGGGCAGUAACUUUGAAUCAAGUCCGCUCACUAAUCGACGAUAAUUUCAACAAGUCCUGCAUUGCCAACGGCAGAAUUUGCCAAGUAGGACCCCCGGGUCCUCCUGGAAAUACCGGCCCUCCAGGCCCAUCGGGUUCUAUCGGGCCUUCAGGAGCGAGUGGUGCGCGAGGACCUGUCGGACUUCAGGGAAUAAAAGGUGACAAAGGCGACACAGGGUCCCCAGGACAACCCGGAAUUAAAGGAGACGUCGGACCCACGGGCCCUCCUGGCGUCGCUGGAUCCACUGGCCCAAAGGGAAGAAGUGGCCGAAGAGGAGGGCAAGGUAAGAGGGGACCUAAAGGAGAAUGCUACUCUUCACCGAAAAUUACCCUCUCUCCACUGUCUCAGGCAGUCUCCGUCAAUUCCAGAGCAGUGUUUAACUGCGCGGUUCAAGGUCCAAUGCCUUCGAGGAUAAAAUGGCAAAAGCUUGGUGGGCCUCUGUCUAGCGCUCCCAUACACAACGGUAAGCUCAAAAUCAAGAAAGUGCAAGAGUCCCAUGCUGGGUUUUACAUGUGUACAGCUCGCUCAAAGCUUGGAGCAUUCAAAGUCAUGAGCAGAUUGGAGGUAAAAGUGCGACCUGAAUUUAUCGAAAAGCCACCAGAGCUGAUCAUUCGUGAUCGAGGAACCAACGUACGCCUGUGCUGCAAGGCCAGAGGGUACCCUCGUCCGGUAGUAGAAUGGAAACUGAAUGAUGAUUUGUCUGCCAUGAUGCCGAAAUCUCAGGAAGAUGGAUGCCUUGAAGUUGAUAUGGAUAGAGAGAGCACUCAAGGAACGGAAUAUGUUUGUCUGGCUGAGAACAGCUUUGGAUCGGCGAACAUAUCAGCCUUGGUGUAUGCAAGAUCGUUUGUUGCUGGACAAUCAUACAUAAUUGGAAACAAUGAAUCGCACAUUGCAGCCCUAAACCAAUGGUUAUAUCCUGUUGUAAAGAGUAGAAGCUCCUCCUGGUUUAUGUGCUGGAUAUUGACAGUAAAUGGUGGGAAUGCUUCUGCAUUCCACAAGCUGUGUGACAACAAAGGGCCGACUUUGGUUAUUGUCCGUGUUGGAGGUUACAUCUUUGGCGGAUACACCGGCGUAUCAUGGAGUAAUGAUCGUUGUGGAUACAAGUACAGUCCUACUGCCUUUUUGUUUUCAUUGGUAAACAAACCUGGCUGGGAACCAAUGAAGAUGCCUCAAAGAGGAGACGGUACCAGUCCUGUAGAGUCCAUCUACGCUUGUGAUCGAUAUGGACCCGUGUUUGGUAAAGGAUUCGAUCUUAAAAUUGGAGACGACGCCGAAUUCAAUAAAAAUUCUCUGGCAAAUAUCGGAUGGACUUUCAAACCACCUAUAGGCUCUAGCUAUUCAACCAGCUUCGCUAACACAUUCAUGGCUGGAGUAGAACGUUUCUCACCUGACGAGGUUGAAGUGUUAUAUGAACAAGUUGACUAAAGGAAACGAAUUGAAGGAACAAUGAUAUUCAAAUGUUAAAGCAAACAACUAUGCUUCUGUUUUGAAAGUGUUAUUUGCCUUGAUGACAAGCCAAACCGAUUUUUUAGAGUUAUACCUUCGUGGCGCUUAAUUGAAUUAAAUAUAAGUAUGCAAAAUAAUUUGUAAAAUUAGAGGUUGUGUUGAUAGCUACAAUUUAUAAUAGUAAUGUUAGUUUUUUUUUAUAUAUUGUUACUGAUACCGACUAUUUUCAUGAGCAGUUACUAAACAGUUGCAAUUGGGUAUUGUAAACACUGUUAGGCACAGCAAGUAAUGUCUUGUAAGUUUCUGUUUUGUUAAAGUGAAUUUUUUUUCUCUGCUAGUUCGAUGAUCGUUUAGGUAUGUGAUCAUUGUAAACAAUACCAGAAAGUAUUGUUAUUAUUGAAUAUUUUAGUGUGUUGUUGGGUACAAAAAAUAUACAUGUUCAAGAUUUCUAUGUUACCGAGGAUCAAGACAAAAUCAUUCAGCCUCCUGUAUCAGUGAAAUAAACGGAUUUUUACGCAAUAACAUUA